AUGGCUGGCCGUGCGCUGUUGGUGUGCGCCCUCUGCGCGCUGUGCUGCGCUGCCGCCGGCGCGAUGGCGGUGGAGGGACAUGCGCCAAGUGGUGUGACGAGUGGCGGAGGCGGCGCUACGGCUUUGGAGAAGGCGUUUCCGCCGCGUAAUGAGACGAACCACACCGUGGUGCAUUCCCCCUGCCCUUGGGUGGUGGGAGGGGCCAAGGGUGCUGGGACGUGUAAGCAGGUGAACGUAACCAUCCGCACAUUUUUGCCGUCGAAGCCGGGGACCGCAGCGACGUCGGACGCGGGUGUUCAGGGGGCGCAGGAGCGGCCCACGGCAGGCGCCUCCCAGGGCCACACGGGGGAGAGUGGCGGCGGCGCAGGGCAACGCUCUCGGCAGGCAGCCGGGCAAGCCGCCGAUGGAGCAGCUGCCAGUGGCGCCCCACAGACACGGCAGGAAACAGGGGACCGGCAGGUAUCACAGCCACAAGCUGCCGGAGGUGUCGCCGAAGCGGCUAAUGCCUCACUCAACCGAAGAAGGGCAGCAGGCGACUUGGGAGCCACGCGGAAUACCGUGGACGGAAGCGCAGCGGAAGCAACAACGUCUUCUUCUGCAAUUGCCGAUGCCGCGCAGCCCAGCGUCGCAGUGACACCAGAAGAACGCCAACGUGGCAACGCAGCCGGCAGUAAGAAUGCACCAACGCCACCGGUGACAAAUGCAAAAAAAAUCUGCGCACGGCGACAGCGACGGUGA